GGGGGAAUAUAUGGGAAUGUCACUCAGUAAGGAACCACGCAUCGACUUUGUGAGAAGCUGAUUCUGGAGAGAUAAUUAUUACCGAGUGAAGGAAUAGGGAAUUAAUUCUCUAUUAAUAUCAAUAGGGAAGAACUACAUACAUCUGAUAAGCGUCACGUGUUGCGGGGAAAGCUCCGGCUCCGACAUCGCGGCGAUCGACCAUCUCAGUCACAUCCAGCUCUCUCUCGCCAGGGAUUCUCUUCAGAUCUCGAUCUUCUCUUCUUUUUACCCGUCCUUGAUCUGCCUCGCGGAUAGCAGAUCCAAUUGCUCGUCUCUGAUUUCCCCCGCAGCCAUGCUGCGGCUGCCUGCCCGGUCACUCCGCGGGCGUUAUCAGACCGUGGGAUCCGCUGGAGCGACACCAUUCUCUGCUGCUUGUCCCCUUCGUCUGCGCUCAUCAUGUGCUAUUUCCGCUGAAAGCAGCGUCCGCCAUUUCUCUGCCACGGCCGUCUCUCACCCGACAUUCUCCCAUUUCCACCGUUCCGAUUUCAGCGGUCAGGGGUAUACAGGCACUUAUGAGGCUGGGUUGCCUACAGAUGGCCCUCUUGGAUCCUCUCCCGCCUUCGGGGCCCCGCGGCUGACGCCCAAAGCCCUGAAGCAGUAUCUGGACCAGUUUGUCGUUGGCCAGGAUCGGGCAAAGAAGGUGCUCUCAGUUGCCGUAUACAACCACUACCAGCGGGUGCAGGAGCUCCAGCGGCGGGAAGAGGAGGAAGCGGAACUGGAAGCUCAGCGACAACGGAGGGAGGCGAUGGAAAGCCAUCCAGUGGAAGAUGAAUUCCCUGGCCAACAACGGACCGUCCAUGUAUCGGAACGACAGGAACCGACCCCACCAAAGCUGGACGCCGCCCCAAUCGUUGAUACAUCUCCGUUGCAAUUGGAAAAGUCCAACAUUCUCUUACUGGGACCGUCGGGAGUGGGAAAGACGCUGAUGGCAAAGACGCUGGCACGAGUACUCUCCGUACCUUUCAGCAUGUCGGACUGCACUCCCUUUACGCAGGCGGGAUACAUCGGAGAAGAUGCAGAGGUCUGUGUGCACCGUCUUCUUGCGGCUGCCAACUACGAUGUCGAAGCAGCGGAGCGAGGUAUAAUCUGUUUGGAUGAGGUAGACAAGAUCGCGACCGCCAAAGUCAGCCACGGGAAAGAUGUCAGUGGUGAGGGCGUACAGCAGGCGCUCUUGAAGAUCAUUGAGGGCACUACAAUCCAGGUCCAUGCCAAACCAGAGAAGAGUGCUCCUCGUUCUGGAGGGCCAACAAGCCAUCAUCAGUACCCUUCGAGCAAUCCACUGGGCAAUUCCUAUCAGGGUUCCGGUGCCGCAGCUCCCUCCCCCAAAGGGGAAGUCUACAACGUCCGAACCGACAACAUCCUUUUCAUCCUCUCUGGCGCGUUUGUUGGGUUGAAUAAGAUGGUGAUGGAUCGAAUAUCUCGCGGUUCGAUCGGAUUUGGACAGCCCGUGCGCGCUUCUGCCAGCUCCAGCGAUGGACGAGGUACAUCCGUCUCCCCGAACAGCCAGCCCAUCCGGAUCCUCCCGGGUUCAGAGGAGGAAGCAUUGUACAAAAAGCAUCUUCCAUUCUUCACCUCCGCAACGCCUUCCUCGUCUGAUGAAGAACCUGUUUACUUCAAUCCGUUGGAUCUCCUCACCCCCAAUGAUCUCCAGACCUACGGCUUCAUUCCCGAGCUAGUUGGCCGUGUCCCCGUCACCACCGCCCUCUCUCCGCUAACGCAUCCUUUGCUCCUACGGAUACUCACUGAGCCUCGCAACUCGCUUCUGGCCCAGUACACCACCCUCUUCUCGCUGUCGGGAAUUGAACUCCGCUUCACGACCCCUGCUCUGCAUAAAGUGGCUACCAACGCGUUGGCCAUGGGAACCGGCGCGCGUGCUCUCCGUACAGAGAUGGAAACCAUCCUUAGCGAUGCCAUGUACGAAGCGCCAGGCUCUAGCGUGAAAUUCGUUCUCGUCACCGAGGCUGUCGCUGAGCGCAAGGAGAAGCCAGUCUAUCUAGCUCGCGGCCAGGGCGGUCGUUUCCACGCCAUGAUUGCAGCCGAGGAGAGCGCAUGGGAAGAGAAGAUGCGUCGGGAGAAACAGGAGAAGAACAAGAAUGCAAAGAAUUCAAAUUCACAAUCGGCAUCCAGCUUCGAGGAGUACCGUAACCGUGCUUCGAGCGCUGCAGGCGGGCAAUAA